CUUUGUUGUUUUGAAUUAGUUACGUGGAUUUCGAUACGAAAAGUGCUAUAUAGUUCUAGUGAAUAGUUGUGUUAUUUCUAGUGUUUGUAAACAAUAGCUUAAACUCGUCGUCUCCCCACGCAAAAUUUUUAGCACGAAAGCGACACCUACCUGCCAGUAGCGGAAAGAAUCUUGCACGCAAGAUCCUUUUAAUCUUCUACGAUCGAUCCGAUUCCAUUAAGGAUGGCAUGCACUAAGUGCAAAAAAGUUGUGAAAGAUUCGGAUCGUAUCACUUGUCGUGGAUAUUGUGGAAACUCAUUCCAUAUGAUUUGCGCAAAAGUAGAUUACGGUCUUUGUGAGAUUUUGGGAACCUACGAUCGAAACAUUUUUUGGAUGUGCGAUGGCUGCGCGGAUCUAUUUUCCAAUGAACACUUUCGGAAUAUGACGUCUCGUUUCACAAAUGAAAAUAUGACAGAUACACCGUCCAUCAAAUCGCUUAAAGAGGACAUUGCUGAGCUAAAGGAUGCAGUUGGUAUAUUAUCCGCCAAGUUAAAUUCUAAGUCGCCUAGCUCUACGCUCAAUGCAUCGUGGAAGCCAAUUCCCGGAUCGGACGUUGUCCGUAACACACCGAAAAGAAAACGGGAAGACGAUAGGUUGGUGAAUAAGCCUACCAAUGUUCGAGGCACUAAAGCUGCAUCCGAUGUUGUCAAAACUGUUCCUCCGCCGGCUGAAUUGCUGUGGAUUUAUUUAUCCGCAUUUGAACCGAGUACUUCCGAGAAUGACAUCGUUAAACUAACUAAAGAUUGUUUGAACUUGAGCGCCGAUGUAGAACCAAAAGUGAUCAGGUUGGUCCCUAAAGACAAAGAUCCUGCCACCUUAAGUUUUGUUACCUUCAAAGUCGGUGUGAACAAAUCUAUUAGAAACGCUGCUUUGUCGAAAGAUACUUGGCCGGAAAACGUGUCCUUUCGCGAAUUCAUAAGCUACCCGCAAAACCAACCAGUCAUUAGGAUUCCUACGGAUCAAACUCCUUCCGGAGGUGGGGGCCAAUAGCGCCAAAACCAGUUACUUCGUGCAUCAGUUAUCGUCCCAGAACGCAAUGCCUGUAGCACUAAGGAAGCCCCUAGUCCUCCCGACCCAGUCGCGCCUGCAGCUCGUACAUGCCUUCUUAGACGUUCUGGUCCUGUGGUCGAGGAAGGUGUCGGGGUCUUUCGAGUCUCUCAUACAGGCAAGUACGUUCAUUCUGAUAGUUUUCCAUCGCCUGAUAGUUCUUCGACUUUCAGUGUUCCUCAGCAAAACUGCAGCAUUUAUCCUGAAAUUGAACUCUCUGCUUGCAUGGAAAGAUCCAGCGUAACACCAUGCUGCCCACGAUCGACACGUAUUGUUUCACCAGAGCGAACAACAAUCGACGGUCUCUUGAUGUACUACCAGAACGUCCGCGGGCUUAGGACAAAGAUAGAUGACUUGUUUCUGACCGCAGUUGAUUCCAACUAUGACGUUAUAGUUCUCACCGAAACCUGGCUUGAUGAACGAAUUAAUUCCUUACAGUUGUUUGGGAGUAUGUAUACAGUAUUUCGCAACGACCGUAAUCAUCUGAACAGUUCUAAAUCGCGCGGAGGUGGCGUCUUGAUAGCAGUUUCAAAACGUCUUAGUUGCUGUCGCGAUCCUACUCCUGUCUGUACAUCUCUCGAGCAGUUGUGGGUGAAAAUUACGACUCCACAUAGAUCAUUAAGUGUUGGUGUGAUGUAUCUUCCUCCAGACCGGAAAUCAGAUUCUAACAGUAUCAACAAUCACAUCAGUUCGAUUGGUGAUGUACUAUCUCGACUAGAACAGAAUGACUUAGCUCUGGUACUUGGUGAUUACAAUCAAUCUGGGCUGAUUUGGAACGUUUCUGCUAAUGAUCAUCCUACCAUUGAUGUUCAGGACAAUCUACGGCGUAAUCAGGACAAUCUACGGCGUAAUCCAAGACAGUUCUGGUCGUUUGUGAAAACAAAACGGAAGGAGGAUGGGCUACCAUUGGAAAUUCACCUGGGCAACAAAAUUUGCGUGCAGCUCAUUUGAAAAAUGCAAGCUCCUGGCUGAGCACUUCAGAAGUGUUUUUAACGAUCGCUUCGCUUCAUCGAUCCAGAUUGGAGAUGCGAUAAGAGAUACUCCCAGAGACAUUUUUGAUUUUGAUAUCGCUACGAUUUCAUCAGCCUGUGUUGAAUCUGCUAUAAAAAAACUGAAAUUCUCCAACACUGCUGGUCCCGACGGAAUUCCUUCCUGCGUACUGAAGAAUUGCUUUUCUGAAUUUAUAAUACCGCUGUCGAAACUGUUCAAUAUCUCGAUACAGCAGGGUGUGUUUCCAACACGUUGGAAAUAUUCAUUUAUGUUCCCGGUUUACAAGAAAGGAGACAUGCAGAACGUCGUAAACUAUCGAGGAAUCACAUCGCUUAACGCCUGUUCUAAGAUAUUCGAAAUCAUAAUCAACGACGCAUUAUUUUCUUGCUGCAAAAAUUAUAUUACUGCUGAUCAACACGGUUUCUACCCUAAGAGGUCUGUUUCAACGAAUCUUGUUCCUUUCGUUUCGCUUUGCCUCAGGAAUUUGGAAGUUGGAGCGCAGGUGGAUGUUGUGUACACCGACCUCAAGGCUGCUUUUGAUAGGGUUGAUCAUAACAUGCUGCUUGCCAAACUUGAGAAGCUUGGAGUAUCUCCAAGGCUCACUCGUUGGUUCAGGUCAUAUCUUACAAACCGAAAACUGUGUGUGAAAAUUGGUACGGAUCUCUCGGAAAAGUUCAUCAAUAGCUCAGGAGUACCUCAAGGCAGCAACCUCGGACCGAUGCUGUUUUCUAUAUUUUUGAACGAGAUUGGGUUGAUCCUCCCAAUAGGUAGUCGAUUGUUCUAUGCGGAUGACGUCAAAAUUUUUAUGACAGUUCGGGAAACGGCUGACUGCUUGCGACUGCAGCACCUGCUAAACACUUUCGAUGAGUGGUGCUUAAGAAACUUCCUUUCACUAAAUGUUCAAAAAUGCAACGUCAUUACACUUCAUCGAAAAAAUGCAACGUCAUUACACUUCAUCGAUCAUGUUUACAUACAUGAUCGAUCAUCAUCCUUUGCUACGUGUAGAAAAAAUACGUGAUCUCGGAAUUACGCUUGACUCAGCUUUAAACUUCAAGCCGCACUACUCGGACAUAAUAUCCAAGGCCAAUAAGCUUCUCGGAUUCAUCUUUAAAAUUUCGGAUCAAUUUCGCGAUCCCACUUGCCUGAAAGCAUUAUUCUGUACGCUUGUUCGAUCGGUUCUGGAAUUCGGCGUGGUGGUUUGGUGCCCCUAUCAAACAUUGUGGGUGGAAAGAAUCGAAUCAAUUCAAAGAAAAUUCGUCCGUUAUGCUCUACGUACUCUUCCAUGGAAUGAUCCAAUUAAUCUCCCACCCUACGAGGCUCGCUGCCAAUUACUGGGACUCGAUACACUCCAGAAUAGAAGAAAGGUAAGCCAGGCAUUGUUUGCAGCCAAAGUGCUUUUGGGAGAAAUUGAUAGUCCUGGUAUUCUUGCGGAGAUAAACAUCUAUGCACCUGAGAGAGCCCUUCGCACAAGAAGCUUCCUUCAUCUUGGACCACGUUUGGCGAACUACAGCUUACACGACCCUAUUCGCUUUAUGUCAGCACGAUUCAAUGUAUUUUAUGAAUUCUUCGACUUCAACCAAUCUGCCGAAGCUUUCCGUUGCCGGAUUCAACAUGGACCACUGAAUCAAUAAUGAAUACUGGACGAAGACGCUUCCAACGAUGAUUGCUAAUUGAUUAUGUUUAUAUUAAUGUUUAUAUUUUGACCAUGAUAUGUUUUUAUAUGCUCCUUUCAAUGUAUGAUGUAAAGAUGUGGGGUUUUUACGCCAUUUUGGCUUUUCCCCGCCAAUUUUUCAAUAUGACAAUAUAUAGUCAGAUGAAAUAAAAUAAAUAAAUAUGGAAAAUAUGGUUGUAAUGUGCACCGAACACAACUGAACACCUUGUUAUUUCGAUACCUGCCCGUAGUGCUGCAUGGACCUACGCGCUCAGUUUCAACAUAUGCCUUCUUAGACGAUGGUUCUUCGUUUACAUUGCUGGACCAAGCAAUUGCGGAUGAAUUAGAGUUGGACGGUAUCCGGAGACCGCUAUGCUUACGAUGGACCGGUGGAACACAGAGGUACGAAGCAGAUUCGCGGGAAGUGAAUUUAGACAUAGCUGGGUCACGCCACGAUGCAAAAAAGUACAAUUUAGCCGGUGUAAGAACAGUUCAGGAGCUUAAUCUUCCAAAUCAAACUUUAGACAUCGACUUAUUAUCACGCCAAUGUCCUCACUUAGUUGGGUUACCGAUCAACUCCUAUAAAAAUGUACGACCUCGAAUUUUAAUAGGUUUGAAACACGCUCAUGUAAACAUUGUUCUGAAAAGUCAUGAAGGUCAAAUUAGUCAACCGACUGCAGUAAAGACUCGUCUUGGAUGGACGGUUUGCGGUGGUUGGCAAACGGAUGACGCUUCCGCUAUGGUCCAUCACACGUUUCAUACGUGUCAAUGCAGUCAAACAUCCGAUGAUAAUCUGAAUCAGGCACUGAAAAAUUAUUUCGCCCUGGACAGCCUUGGGGUAAUCAAGUUGGACAACGUUCACGCUUCUGCGAUUGACCUCAGAGCUCAAAAUCUGUUGCAGCAUCUCACAACGUUCCAUGAAAACAGGUAUGAAACAGGCCUGCUUUGGCGCUAUGACAACGUGCGUCUGCCUAACAGUAGAGAAAUGGCUCUACGAAGAUUUGUAUGUCUCAAAAAACGAUUGGAGAAAAAUCCAACCCUUGCGAAUAGUUUGAAUGUCAAGAUUUCCGACUAUUUAUCCAAAGGCUACAUUAGAGAACUAACACAAGCGGAGAUAGAUCAGCCAACAUCACGCUCGCGGUAUUUACCUGUGUUUCCCGUCACAAACCCAAACAAGCCAAAUAAGGUGCGCUUAGUUUGGGACGCAGCAGCUACAGUGUUUGGCGUUUCUCUUAACUCCGUUCUUCUGAAAGGACCUGAUCAACUGUGUUCGCUGUUCGAUAUUCUAGUCCAAUUUCGAGAGCAUCGAGUUGGGCUUACUGCUGAUAUAUGCGAAAUGUUUCACCAAAUAUUAAUUCGUGAGGAGGAUCAACAAUGCCAACGUUUUUUCUGGUGGAACAAUGAUGGUAACAUUGGAGUUUUCGUAAUGCGUGUUAUGACCUUUGGAGCUUGUUGCUCCCCAAGCUGUGCUCAACACGUAAUAAAUUUAAACGCGGAGCAUUAUUAAAAACAAGCACUACGUGGAUGACAUGCUGUUGAGCGUAGAAACCGAAGAAGAAGCAAUUCGUCUAGCGCGUGAAGUCAAACAUAUUCACGCUCAAGGCGGCUUUGAAAUUCGGGGCUGGAUUUGCAAUUCUCAAAGAGUAGCAACAGCACUACAAGAAGAAACUACACCAGAGAAGAAUCUCGACCUGUCUCCUGAAAUAGCAACAGAAAAAAUCCUGGGCAUGUGGUGGAAUACUGCUUCAGAUUCAUUCACAUAUAAGAUCGGAUGGAAUCGUUACGAUCGGGAGCUAUUGUAUGGACAACGACAUCCGACGAAGCGCGAGGUACUCAAGGUUUUGAUGACCAUCUUCGAUCCUCUAGGACUAAUCAGUCAUUUUCUCAUGUACCUGAAAGUCCUACUUCAAGAAAUAUGGCGAGAAGGCGUGCAGUGGGACGAGAUGAUUUCGACCAAAUUAUUCGAAAAAUGGAAAGCAUGGUUACAAGUUUUACCGAUGCUAGAAAACGUAAGAAUUCCGAGAUGCUAUCGAAAACUAAUUCGUUUAAGUACAAAUUGUACAGUACAGUUGCACACAUUCGUGGAUGCAAGCGAAAAUGGUUUUGCUGCUGCAGUAUUUUUGUGUUUCGAAGAAAAUGGUACUGUAGAAUGCACCUUAACGGCAGCCAAGACAAGAGUUGCACCCCUGAAGUAUCAGUCAAUCCCCAGGCUAGAGCUACAAGCAGCCGUACUCGGCGCUAGGCUGAGUCAAACCAUUCUAAGAUCGCUUUCUUUCCCAAUCACGAAACGAGUUUAUUGGACUGAUUCUCGAGAUGUCCUUUGCUGGAUAACUGCAGACCAUCGAAAGUACAAAGCGUUUGUAGCAGCACGAAUUAGUGAAAUUCUCGACAUAUCUGAAACGCAUGAAUGGCGUUGGGUACCCACAAAGCUCAAUGUUGCUGAUGACGGCACCAAGUGGGAGAAGCGACCGGAUUUAUCAGAAACAAGUAGGUGGUUUAUUGGACCCGAGUUUCUUUGGUGCUCGGACAAAGAAUGGCCACAACAAAGUGAAAAUCUGCCAACGAUUGAGGAACUGCGAAUCAAUUUCGUGGCCCACCACGAAUUGCCAGAACCUGUACUUUGUAUACGUUCGUUUUCCCGUUUUGCCCUUGUCUAUCGCUUUUUCAAUAAUUGCAAACUACAGCAACGAAAACAGCCGAAAAAAAAUCGGUCCGCAACACUCGGAAGAACUACGAAUUGCACAAUUGUAUUUAUUGCGGCUAGCUCAACGAGAAAAGUUUUCCGCAGAGAUAAAUAUACUGGAGAAGCAGAAAAAUAUCCCUACGAAACCUGUAAAAUUGAUUCCUAAGACAAGCCCGCUCUACAAGUUGUCUCCGUGGUUGGAUAGUAACGGAAUAGUAAGAAUGCGUGGUAGGAUAGAUAUAUGUAACUAUGCUACUGACAGUGCGAAGAAUCCUAUAAUCUUACCACGUGAUCAUCAUAUUACGCUGCUGAUAAUCAUGCAUUACCAUCUCUGUUAUCAUCACCAGAAUCACCAAACAGUGAUAAAUGAACUACGUCAAAUAUAUCAUAUACCACGGAUUUGAGUUAGUUACUCUAUGGUUCGCAGACGAUGUCAGCGAUGUAAAAAUGAGUCAGCGAUACCACAACCACCUAUAAUGGCUAGUUUGCCAUCGGUACGAUUAGAGGCGUUUUCAGCACCCUUUACACAUACGGGUAUCGAUUUCUUCGGGCAUAUGGAGAUAGUCAUUGGACGGCGAAUAGAGAAACGUUGGGGCAUGUUAGCUACUUGCCUUUCGAUCGUGCAGUACAUAUUGAGGUAGUUGCAUCACUAAACACGAGUUCAUGUGUCAUGGCGAUUCGUAAUUUCAUUGCGAGGCGUGGUACACCGCGAACGAUAUACAGCGAUCGCGGUACUAAUUUCAUCGGAGCGAGUCGAGAACUAAAGGAGGCGAUCUCAGCCAUCAAUCAUGAAGACCUAAUGAAGGAAUUUGUGAGCACAGAGACAGAGUGGUUAUUCAAUCACCCCUCUGCACCCCAUAUGGGUGGCAGUUGGGAGCGCCUCAUUCAAAGCGUUAAGAAAAAUCUAAUGGCAAUCCGCUCCACACACAAACUAUCGGAUGAGGUUCUCCGUAAUUUAUUGAUUGAAGUAGAAUCCGUAAUUAAUUCUCGGCCAUUAACACAUGUACCGAUCGAUGAACAGUCAGCACCAGCAUUAACACCCAACCAUUUUUUAUUGAAUUCUUCUAAUGGAUCGAAACCACUUUCUACGCAUGAAAACGAUGGAGCCUAUCUAAGACAAAGUUGGCGCACUUCACAAGCUCUCGCUAACCAGUAUUGGCGUCGUUGGGUCACAGACUAUUUGCCGUAGAUAACGCGAAGAACUAAGUGGUUUGUUGACACAAAGCCUAUCGCUUUAGGCGAUGUGGUUGUGAUCGUUGACCCGAAGAAUCCUCGAAAUUGUUGGCCGAAAGGACUGGUCAUCGAUACCUGCAUUGGCAAGGAUGGUCGAAUACGAUCAGCUACAAUAAAAACAGCUAAUGGAGUUUACGAGCGUCCCGUAGCCAAGCUAGCUGUUUUGGAUGUGAGGAGCCAACACGUAUAUUUACGUGUAUUUAUGAACUUGGCUCCACAGUAUAAACAACGCUCGCAUAGAACAACCUUGGUAAGAGUGAACGUUAGGGAAGAAGAUGAGCAAAGAAGAAGAAAAAAGAUAAUUAGUAGGAAUAAACAAUUGGAUACGAAACAAUAGAAGUUAGAGGAAUCAAAGAGUUUUAUAAAAUUUCCGUGCGUUCGUAUAUGAAAUUUAUAAAAUUGAAACUAAACGUUAGUCUAAAUUAAUUAAAAUUAUACUUUGUAAAAUACUUUGUAAAAUGUAAUUGCAGAAAAAUUAUAACUCCUGUUACACAACCAAAUCGUUGUUUGAGUUUAUAAUUUUGGAAAAUAUUUCUCCUAUACAACACUAUCCAUCUAUUAGCUCGUGUACACCAGAAGUCAGAUAAUGUGAAAGUCAUGACCAACACAAAAAAAAACAAAAUCCUACUCACUGAUAAAUUCCGGGUAAGACCAUACCAUUACUAUGGAACUCGCUUUCGCGGAUAAACCGCACUCACGGAUAAUCAAGGUUCCACUGUAUUAUAAUAGCAGAAAAACCAAGGGAUUGCUAAGAUGGCCGCCUUUUUGUAGCCAGCAUAGAAAAUCAUGAGCAUAGAAAUUAGAUGUGGGCAAAACAGUUCACUUUGGUGAACGGUUCACUCACUAACAGUUCAUCUAAGUGGACCAGUUCUUUUGAACCGUUCUUUCGCUCUUUCGUACAGCGGUAUUAAGAACAACAUAGAAUGUUAGCUGGAACCCAACAUCAAUAGACAGCUUUUAAUUGAUAUCGUUGGAUUGGAUAGUGUACAUAUGGGAUUUAUAUUUUUGAAAUUUAGUGAGGAAAGAUAAGCUGCUUCAUUAAAAGUCGCAAAUUGUAUGUGAAAAUACGUUUAUCGGUCGACAAAAGUUUAUGUAAUAAUUCGAUGCGCAUAAAAUAUGGGCAAUUUUUCAUAUUCUCUUUUUGGACAACACACAGGAUCCAUGAAAGAUCAUAUUUCAUAAUGUUCAUUCAGGGAAAAAAAUGAGCAGCGAUUUUCACUAACAAUCAAUCAUACAAACAAUGACGAUAACACGUACACGCAAUAGGCCAAACAAUGAAUUGAAAGCAACGAAAAAACUUUUUUCUCAACAUGCCGUCGCUAUAAAAUUUUAUGUUUACCUAAUCCAUGAAUCGCCCUAGCUUCCCCCAGAUUUUUUUCUGAUAAUCAGAAAGUAUAUGAUUGUUACGCGGAAUUGAAAGAAUACAUGAAAUUGAAAAUAUAUAGUUUUGCUUUUAAAACUACGAAAAUCUAAUUUAAUUUUCAUCCCAAAAUUGAGUAUACAUUAACAAAAUAAACCCUGCGUUACAUGAAUUUUGCUCAUAAAUGAAAAAUCGUUUUAUUUUCCUUACAAGCGUUCUCGUUAUAUUUAUCCAUUCCGUCCGGCGCAAAUGAGUUCAGCUGCAUUAGUUCGUUCCCAAACAGUUCACUCUCAAUCAGUUCGUUCCCAUACAGUUCAUUCGCAAACAGUUCGGUCACAAACAGUUCACUCUCCAACAGUUCACUCGCAAACCGUUCUUACGGAAUUAGUCCGUUCACAAACCGUUCGCUCGCAAUCAGUUCGUGGGGAGAACUACCGUUCUUUGAAAAAGAACGACCGCUCGUUCACUCUAUUCGGCGAACUACUUCUUUCGUACCGUUCGUAAAUGCUGGAUGAAACUCAUUAAUGUGACGCUGAUAUUUCUUGUGUCAGGGAACGUUGACAACGACCAAUGCAAACGAAAUCCAUUCGCCUUUAAUUUUUUGCAUUUUGAAAGUCCGGUAUGCUUUCAUCAUGGAGGACAUUCCGCUCUAUGAUGUACACGGUUCUCUGGUUAAAGAUUUUUGCUAGAAGACAAGAAGCUGAAUCUGGUGGUAGAUCAUGUAAUUAUUCAACGAUUUUCGUGUCUUAAGCAAACACGAGUUAACAAGAGCUAGCACCAGUUCCAGCCGCAACAUCUAAUUCUAGAAAAUCCACCGAUGCACCCAGCGAUGCCAGCCAAAACAUGCAGCACCAGUUCCAGAAACACCUGCCAAUACCGGAGAAAUUAAACACAAAACACUACCGACGAGCGACAACGCGCGCCACUUGCGUUUCGGGGAAACCAACUGGCGCAUUCCAAAUUGACAAUAUAAAACCAGGGAGCAGCGGUUCAUCAGUUAGUUAUAAUUCUAAGUUCAAACUGUGUAGUAGGGAAAAGUGAAUAAUAAAAAAUACUUUUUUUUAAAUAAAUGUGAAGUAAUUUAAUUAACUGGCGCCCGAAUAGGGACCGCCGUGUGUAAGUAGUGUUGAAAAUAGCAAAGUGAAAUCGCCACGAAAAAGUUCGCGAGUGCUAAGUUAUUUGAACACGAAAAAGGGACACUUGACCGCAGUAGCAGCCGCACGAUUUGUACACCAGUAACCACGACAGCCAAUAACUCGCUCGUGGAGGAACGUGAAGAAUACAUCCGUGUCGGGAAAGUGUAACACCACGACGGAUCUCCAUGUAUAUAAGGAUAAUAUUUUGGCCUUAAAAUUAUAUGCAGUACAAUCAUUCAUCAUAAACAAAUCGGAGAUAAGUAUUCGUUUUUUUUUACAUCAUUACAUCAGUCACCUCGGUCGGGAAACUAUUUUCAUAUUCCCGCCAAGGAUAAACAUCAGUUAUAUUUUAUACAUUACAACACUAUUGACCUUUUUCCUUGUCUUUACAGCUGGCAUGAUCCCAGACUCGUAAUACUUGUUUACCAAAAACCAUCCAAGCUAUGGGAUUGAAGGUAACGGCGAGUUUGUCGCUAAGAUUGGAAUCUUUCUUCAACACAUCAUCGACCGUAAAAAACUUAAGGGACACGAGAGAACAAAAUACGGAUGAAACGUGCUAAUUCUACCGUCUCUCUGCUAAUCAGUUGCUAAUCAGCUAAUGCAAAUCAGAGCGAUGCAGCAGGAAGAGGAACGGGAACUUGCUUUGGAAAUGCUAAUCAAAUUGAGGUGGUUGAGGCUGCAAUUAAAAUUUGCCUCUUGUACGCAGUUUAUAGAAUGAUUCC